GUCUCCUCAAAUCUCACUUCCACUUCAUCAUCCGGCAAAAGUGGCACUCUCUUUCCACAGACCGGUCUCUCGGGAAACCCGGUAAUCACAACCGCAACCAGCAGUAGUUGUACUAACCUCCAGUCGUUUCUGGCCUCGAACACGGCGGGUUCAUCGGUGCGCCCGCCAGGAUCUGGGGUCAGGAUCAACAGCCCUCCAGCCUCCGCCGGGGCUGUGCUACCUCACCGGAGGACGGCGGAGGGCAGCUCAACGGAUGCGACUGGACAGUCGGGCGUCGGAAUGAAGGCGGAGGCAGGAGACGACUCAGCAGGCUCAGGCUUGACGGCCAACUCAGCAGUCUCGUUGCUCAUGAAUCUGCGACUCCGUGGAAGCAGCCCACCGGCAAGCCGAUUUGUCGGCUCAACCGGAGUGUCUUCGAGUUCUGGUACCGCCGUUGACUCAGCAAGACGGACUGCCGCGGACGUGUUGACUCGAGCCAGAUAUGGCAGUCUGAACGAACCUCGCCAGGUCCACGGCUCCUCUUCAGGUGCGGCUGUUGCUGCAACUGUCAGCGGAGGAGGCAGUGCUGCUGUCACCAGAGGUCAUGGCAGCGGAAAUAGUGGUGCCAGCCCACCAUCUGAGAUGGCCGGAAACCAUGAGGCCAGACCUCCGGGGAAAGAGGGGACCAGCGGAAUCAGCUGCGCUACAGCGGUUGCCAACGAAACGGGAGGUGGAGGCCAAUUGAGUUCGCGGGGAGCGCAGCAUGAAGGAGUGUUUAGUCCUCCCAAAAAGUUGUCGGGUACAUUUAGACUGUUCGGGAAGAAAUCCAAGCAAACAUGA